AUGGAUCACAUCUUGCAAGUCAAUCAUAAUUUUGAACAGCAAAAGAAGUACAGGGUGUACGCGAGCGUAUCAUUCGCAGUGUUGCUAUUAGGAAUCGGUUUACCUCUAUGGUGGCACACCACGGCGGUGCCCCGUGUCGCACUUCCCUAUACCGGAAUCGAUGAGUUAUCACAGCUGGACAUCAAGAUCACCACGAGGAUCACACUCGCGGCACUCUCACACACUCGCGCGGAGCUAGUUGCGCGUGAAAUUAGACGUGCAUUCGCGAAUGCCGAAAUCUACCAGUUAAAUGUGGAGCACCAGGUAAUCUCCACCAAUUUGUUGGCGUCUGCCUUUACGUAUCAUGAGCUCGAGAAAGUGGCCUCAACUUUCGAGCUAAACGUGGGUGAUUUGCUGCUACUGGAAGCGACAAAUCUAAAUGACGCUGUUCUAGUUGGCUCUAACAGAACAUUGUACUUCUCUACUGAAGCCAGUCCCGCUAAAUUGGUGCAAGUAUUAUCAGAAUGGAUUCUUCACGACAAGUCGUUGGCAUUGACAAAGAAUGCACUCGCCGAACCCACCGUGUAUAGCUUGGACGAGGAGAACAGAAGACGAUUUCCAGUCAGUCCCGCAUACGAUGUUCUGGUCACUCUAGUUAAUCCUGAUCCCGACAAGCUGAAGAUCGUUUGGAACUUAAAAACAGUAACUGAAGAAUAUAUACAGCCGUUUCUAGACGAACUGUCCAUUUUGAGUAACUUCUCGGUCAAAUCGCAAUGGCUCUAUUUGUUACCGUUAGACGUAAAUCCCAGACGUGUGCCCGACAGCAGUCCAAGCCGCAGACAUUUCGCACUACGCGAGAGCGUCUUGCCGCAGCUGGUGACACCGUUGGAGAAGAAACUAGCGUCGCAGGUCAGUCUUCACCCGUGCAUCAAUCUGGUCAUUUAUGCGGUACCGUGCAGCAGCGCACCCCUGCAUAUCUACACCCGCAGCGGACAUAAGUCACGAACAGAUAGCAAUGUGGAAGCCUUUCUCUCCCCGAGGUGGGGUGGUGUAGUUUUGAUCAACCCAUUAAACGAAGAUUGUGAAAAUGCGCGUGAGGGUGAAGCUGUCACUAUUGUUCCUGAGGAAACUGCUGUGAUGGGCACGUUCCUGGCUCAGCUUAGAUUAUUGUUGGGCAUUGCGGAAACGAAAUCCAUCGAUGGAGUGACGAUGGUGCCGUUAAUAGGGCUAAAUUCACGCGAUUGGGAGAUUGAUUCCCUUCUGAGAUUUCGUACCGUCGAGCAAUUGACUUCGGCGAAAUUGACCCUCCAAUCAUUGGCACGACUGCUGAAAGAAAUCAGCAACAUCGUCAUAACGGACGUGGUUGGGAACAGAAUUAAGAGCGCACUCGAGCUGGUGCAUGAAUCUGCGGAGUACCUUCGACGUGGAGAUCUCGAACGAAGUUUCAUUCUUAGUAAGGAGGCCUUCGUCAUUGCUGAGGCGGCUUUUUCCGAUCCGACACUUUUAGCGCUCCUCUAUUUUCCAGAAGAUCAGAAAUAUGCAGUAUACAUUCCCUUAUUCCUGCCAGCGAUGAUACCGGUGUUGUUAUCACUCAAGAAUAUACGGAGAUACUACUUCCUUUAAAAGAAGAAUAGCAAGAAGCAAUAAAAAGGAAGACAGGAGAAUAUAUAAAGAGAAAGUAAAAAUGACAUGGAUAGUAAACCAAAGAUCGAAUAAUGAAAAUGCAUUUAUCUAAUCGAUAAGACAUGAUUACAAUCAAAUGCGAUUCCAGAUUACUCCUCGAUCAAGAGAUAAUGUAUAACAAUAAUAGACAUGUAAUUUCAUACAUUUGUUACUGCUUA